UUUAUUUUGUAGGAUACACGCAGACGAAAAUUUUAAACAGUUGCUCUUCUUUCAACCAUGUCUAGUUACGAUCGCUCACCUACACGAAACUCUGAUAAAUACAGUCGCAACGACCGAGGCAAUGAUAGAGGUUACGACCGUAGAGAUUACCGCCGUUCCGAUGAUUACAACAGAGAUAGCCGAUCCAGAAGAGAUCGCGAUGAUCGAGACGAUCUGCGUCGCCGCGAGUACAGCCGACCCGAAGUUAGAGAAGAAGACACACCCAUGGCACCACCACCACCACCAGCACCAGCACCUAAAAAAAGAGUUCCUAUUUCCAUUGAAGAACUGAUUCAAAAAAAGGAACAGGAGAAAAAAGCAACAGAAAAGCCUGUAUUUUUAACAAAGGAACAACGUGCAAAAUUAGCCUUAGAAAAACGUCAAUUAGAGGUCGAGGAACAGAGACAACGACAGCUGGAAGAACGAAAAGCUCGAGAGAAUUUUGAUCAUGCAGCUGAGGACGAGUAUAGAAAAACACAAGAUACUCGUUCUUCGCGUUACGAUAGUCGUGAUAAUAAUAGACGUGAUUACAAUAAGCGAGACCGCCGUAGCAGAGAUAUUGAUGAAGCAGCUAUGGCUGAAGAAGAAGACGCUGCCCUGACUGAGAAAGAAAAGCAAGCAAUCCGAGAACGGUAUUUCGGUGGAGAGCGUAAGAAGAGAAAGAUUCGUAGAAUGAAUGAACGUAAAUUUGUGUUUGAUUGGGAUGCAGGAGAAGACACAUCGUACGAUUUCAAUCCGUUAUACGCAAACAAGCACAAUGCCCAAAUGUUUGGUCGUGGACAUAUGGCUGGUAUCGAUAGUAAAGAGCAAAAGAAACACCAAUCUGAAUUUUACGAUCGACUUUUGAAGGAACGUAGAACUACCACCGAAGUCGACAGAGCCAGUGAAUUAAAUCAAAUGUCAAUCAACAAGGAAGCAAAGACCAAAUUCGAUGAACGUCAUUGGUCAGAGAAGCCUUUGAAUCAAAUGAAGGAAAGAGAUUGGCGUAUCUUUAAAGAAGAUUUCAAUAUCUCUACCAAAGGUGGACAAAUCCCACAUCCUAUUCGUUCUUGGGCCGAAUCUGGAUUACCCGAGAAAAUGCUUAAGGUCAUUGAUCAAGUCGGAUACAAGGAGCCCACACCUAUUCAACGUCAAGCCAUUCCCAUUGGUAUUCAAAACAGAGAUAUUAUUGGUAUUGCUGAAACAGGUUCUGGUAAAACUGCUUCAUUUGUCAUUCCUUUGCUCACUUAUAUCUCGGACUUGCCUAAAAUCACCCAAGAGAAUAUGGCAGAAGGUCCUUAUGCUUUGAUCAUGGCUCCUACUCGUGAAUUAGCACAACAAAUUGAGGAAGAAACCAUCAAAUUUGCUACGCCCAUGGGGUUCACUUGUGUUUCCAUUGUCGGUGGUCACGCUAUUGAAGAACAAGCCUAUAAUUUACGUAACGGUGCCGAGAUCAUUAUUGCCACACCCGGUCGUUUGAAGGAUUGUUUGGAUCGUCGUAUUCUUGUUUUAAACCAAUGUACCUACGUCGUUAUGGAUGAAGCCGAUCGUAUGAUUGAUAUGGGUAUGGAAGCCGAUGUGAAUUUCAUUUUGGAUGCUUUACCAGCUUCCAACAUGAAACCCGAAGAUGAAAACAGUAUGCCUAUUGAACCUCCUGCUGGCUACAAGUACAGACAAACCACCAUGUUUUCCGCUACAAUGCCUACCGCCGUUGAGCGUUUGGCUAAAAAGUACUUGCGUAGAGAAGCUGUGGUCACAAUUGGUAUGGCUGGUCAAGCUGUUGAGUCUGUUGAGCAACGUGUAGAAAUGAUUAACGAUGAGGCUAAAAAGACUAACCGUCUUAUUGAGAUUCUCAAUUCUGGCAAGUUCGCUCCUCCUAUGAUUAUUUUUGUCAACCAAAGACGUGGUGUGGAUACUUUGUCCAAGACCUUGAACAGAUUGGGUCAUAACACUGUGACGCUCCAUGGUGGUAAAUCUCAGGAACAAAGAGAAUUGGCCCUUGCACAAUUAAAGAAUGGUACUGCUGGUGUGUUAGUGGCUACCGAUGUAGCUGGUCGUGGUAUUGAUGUCAAGAACGUAUCCUUGGUUAUCAAUUAUGACAUGGCCAAGAACAUUGAAGAUUACACCCAUCGUAUUGGUCGUACUGGUCGUGCAGGUAAUUCUGGUGUGGCCAUCACUUUCUUAUCAAACAAGGAUGCCGAUGUAAUGUAUGAUCUUCGUCAAAUGCUUGCAAAGUCCUCGCUUUCCAAGGUACCCCAUGAAUUAGCUAGUCAUCCUGACGCUCAAGGAAAACCAGGUGCUGUCAAAACUAAAAAGAAGCAUGAAGAAACCCUAUUCCAAUAA